UAUGAAUUAUAAUUCAUUGCUCUUUCCCAAAAUCCCAAAGAGAAACACAAGCUCUCCACUCUUCUCCUCUGCUUUCUUUCCAUCAAACAAUGCACAAGUGGAGCAGAAGAAGAGCUCAUCUCUUUCUCUUGAUCUCUCUCUUCACCAUCAUUCUCCUCUCCACCUUUCUCAGCAACCACAACUCCAAAACCAUCCACUCCUCCACUGACCACCCUCCUUCAUUCCCCACACACACCACCACUUCCAACUCCUCCCUUUUUUCACCCAAUCAAUGGCUUCCAGGAGGGCCAGGAUGGUCCAGAGCCUGCUCGGCGCCACGGAGUUAUAGGCCCCGGCGAGAUGGCGCUGCAGCGCAGAGGAAAUGGUGGAAAGAGAGGAGUUUGGAUGGAAACUGUGAUUUGUUCUCUGGGAGAUGGGUUUAUGAUGAGAGGUUGUACCCUUUGUAUAAUGAGUCUGAGUGUCCCUGGAUGUCAGACCAGCUUGCUUGCCGGAAGCAUGGCCGGCCGGAGGAGCAGUACAAGCACUGGCGCUGGCAGCCGCAUGGCUGCCACUUGAAGAGGUGGAAUGCAUUGGAAAUGCUGGAGAAGCUGAGAGGUAAAAGGCUAAUGUUUGUCGGUGAUUCACUAAACAGAGGACAGUGGAUAUCCAUGGUGUGUCUAUUGCAGUCUGUGAUACCUGCCGACAAAAAAUCCAUGUCUCCCAAUGCAGCUUUAACCAUUUUCAAGAUGGAGGAGUAUAAUGCUACAGUUGAGUUCUACUGGGCACCUUUGCUUGUAGAGUCAAACUCUGAUGAUCCUGUAAAUCAUAGAUUGGAUGACAGGAUCAUCCUACCAGAUAAACUUCUCAAACAUGCAUCUCAAUGGGAAAAUGCAGAUAUACUGGUUUUCAACUCAUACUUAUGGUGGAGAAGUGGACCUAAGAUAAAGCUAUUAUGGAGUAGAGAGGAUUUAAUAUGUGAAGAAGCAGACGGACUUGAUGCGAUGACGUUGGCAAUGGAGACAUGGGCAAACUGGGUUUCCUCAAGAGCGGAUCCCCGGAGGCAACGAGUCUUCUUUGUCACUAUGUCACCUACACAUCUUUGGAGCCGGGAAUGGAAUCCAGGAAGUGAAGGGAAUUGUUACCAGGAAACGACUCCGAUCAACAUAGAAGGUUAUUGGGGAAGCGGUUCUGAUCUUGAUACAAUGCGAAUGGUGGACAAUGUUUUGAACAGUUUAGGUUCAAAGGCUACGGUUAUCAACAUAACUCAGUUAUCAGAAUACCGGAAAGACGGGCAUCCGUCCAUCUAUAGAAAGUUCUGGGAGACAAUAUCACCAGAACAGUUGUCAAAUCCUGCGAGCUAUUCAGAUUGUAUACAUUGGUGUUUACCUGGUGUUCCUGAUGUAUGGAAUGAGUUGCUCUUUAACUUAUUAUAAUAGAAUUCAAAUGCCGAGAUGAAGCAAUCAAUUUAUCAGGAUGUUGUAUAAAUUAACUUGAGAUAUUUAUACCUGAAAUGUGCAAUGUCAUAUGUAACAUCGAUGUUUUUUGAGAUAGUUAUGACAAACCAUGGUUUGUGGCUU